CUUACACCGCAAAAAUGGGUCACUCCCACGGUUUGAGAUCGGGCACUCGCUAUGCCUUCAGCCGCGGCUUCAAGGAGAACGGCAUGAUCCGUCUGUCGACCUACCUGAAGACCUACCGGGUUGGCGACAUUGUGGAUAUCAAGGUCAACGGUGCCGUUCAGAAGGGUAUGCCCUACAAGGUCUACAACGGUAAGACCGGUGUCGUCUACAACGUGACCAAGUCCUCCGUCGGUGUCAUCAUCUACAAGGUUGUCGGCAACCGCUACAUGGAGAAGCGCAUCAACGUCCGCAUCGAGCACGUCAAGCACUCCCGUUCCCGUGAGGACUUCAUCAAGCGUGUCAAGGAGAACGCCGCCAAGAAGCGCCAGGCCAAGGAGCAGGGCAUCCACCUCCACCUGAAGAGACAGCCUGCCAUGCCCCGUGAGGGCCACGUUGUCGAGGGUGUUGCCGCUGAGACCAUCACCCCCAUCCCUUACGACACCCACAUCUAAACGAAUGGAUAUGGCCGAUGCGGUUGUUUGGUGUUUCUGGGUUUUUCCGUCUAUGGGUGGACUUUGCAUUGAGACGAAGCGAUAAAAAAUUAGGGUUCUCAGAUGUUCUGGCACAUCUCCAGCCUGCGCAUAGAUUCCCCUCAAUGAAAGAAAAAAAGACAAAUCUUUCGAUUCCCCCUUUGAAGAAUCAGUACGAUUUGGAUAUUCUGGCUCGAACGAAUCUCUGAUAGGCACAUAUUGGUCAAUCUGCCAGACAAAUUUCGCGCGCAAUAAGUCCUGCGAUAUUGCUAUUUCUAGGGGUAACACUCAAUCAAUUGCUCGGGUAGAUAUUUCGCAGGAUUGUGUCAUUCCACUAGAGAUUCUCCAUUCGGUAGGCGUAAGCAAUUGUCAUGCCGACUGCAACGAGGUAGCAUCGACAUGAAGCGGCACCUCUACCAGCGCCACCGAGCGCUGAAUCAG